AUGUCCUCCAACACAAGCGCCCAAGCGGCCCCAGACUCGCACAUCGACACCACCGCCGCAAUCAGCUACUGGAACUCCUGCGACCCCUCUGUAACAGGCAUGCUCGGCGGUUUCCCUCAAGUCUCCCGCAUCGACCUCCAACAAUCCACCACCUUCCUCGCCAAACUCCGCCGCACCUCCAAAUCCCACCCCACCUCAACACCACUCUCCCGCAUCGUCGACUGCGGCGCCGGAAUCGGUCGCAUCACCCUCGGCCUCCUCUCAAAAGUCUCCUCCAUCACCGAUAUCGUCGAACCCGUCCAAAAAUUCACAAACCAGAUUUCAGAAGGGCAUGAAUUUAAAGAGUUGAGGGAGGCUGGCAAAAUUGGCGAGAUUUAUAAUGUGGGAUUGGAGGCUUGGGAGCCGGAGCAUACGUACGAUGUCAUUUGGAUACAAUGGUGUCUAGGCCAAUGCACGGAUUCUCAAGUCAACGCCCUCUUUACGAGAUUGCAAAAACAUCUGUCUCCUGGAGGUUGGAUUGUCUUGAAGGAGAAUCUGUCCAACAAUCACUUGGGUGAGGAUGUUUAUGAUGAGACGGAUUCGAGUGUUACGAGGACGGAUGAGAAGUUUAGGGCCUUGUUCAAGGAGGCGGGAUUGAAGAUUGUGUCUACCGAGUUGCAGAGGGGGUUCCCUAAGGACUUGUAUCCCGUGAGGAUAUAUGCUGCUCAGCCCGAGGCUUGA